AUGCUGGCCGGCGAAAAUCCGGCAGUUGGCGGCGGCAGGGCUUCGCAGAAGAACAAGGCACGACCUCCUGGCGUUGCUGUGAGAAGUGCUUUGCGGGAUGCCGUGCGUCGACCACGCUUGGUUUUCGCAAUGCUGCACCGGCGGGUCAGGAGCGUGGGCCUGGGUGACGAGUGCACCGUCAUCGUCUCCGGCGAUGGAGGCCGCGAGCACGAGGAGGAUCCGCUGAUGCCAGGCUUCGCCUCCGUGGCUACAUCCGACAUGUCCAAGGCCUCCGGGAUGGAGUUUCCCCGCGACUUGCCCGACCUCGAGGCAUUGGAAACUCCCGCGGAGAACAGCCGCGAGGAAGAGGAAGAGGGCGUCUGCACGCAAAAAGAGCAAGAAGCACCAGUUCCUCACGAAACUGUGCAGCAAUAUGUUCCUGAGCAAGGAGACGCGCUACUCCUUGUGAGCAUCCCGCACGGUGCCUUUCUUACCUGGCUGGCACGUGCGAGAGAGGCCGUGGCUGCGCUGGAUUGGACGGCAACAGAAGAGCGUUUUCCAACCGAGAGCGCACUGGACUCGGUCCGUCGACUAAGGAAAGAGCUACCGCCGAAGCCCAUUGUCUGCAUCCUUGGCGGCACGGCCAUCUCGAAGCCGGAUACCGAGGAGACUGUUAAGGAAUUGGCCGAUGCUUUGAGUGCCAGAGUGGGUUCGCGAGCCGUCUUCAUGACGGGUGGCAUGGCAGGAGUGCAGAAAGCAUUCGCAGACAGCUGCCCUGAACACAUGCCGCUCUUUCACCUCACGCCUUUUGGUGAGAAGAGCAACUUCGACAUGGGGCAGGAUGUCCAUGCAGGUGUUUCUUUGGCGGAAAGAAAGGACGUGUACGGCUUGCUUGGUGAUCUGUACAUCACGAUCGAGGGCGGGCCGGGCGUCGCUGGGGAAGCCAAGGCUGCCGCUGAGCGCGGCGCAGCCGUGAUACCUCUGAUUCGCAGCGGGGGCGCCAGUGCGGGGAUGUUCGACUUCCCGACGGGAGCCCUGAACAAGCCUGCUUGGGCUCUUGAAGCACAGUGGGCUCUUUUGUCGAAGGAGGUGGCGCCGGCUUGUCGGGAAGAUCUGUAG